CUAUCGGCUUAACUCUGCUGUAGGAGCGGUAGUUAAGACAACAGAUUAACCAAAUAAAAGUAUAUUUCUUUUUUUUUGGGUUACUGUGCGUGAUAAGGUUUAUGAGGGAAACUCCAAAUAUUCUUCAUAUUUAUACAUCGCAGUAAUUGGUUUACAAUUCUUGUCCUAGAGAAGGGAAAAACGGGUGUCACAGUUCUAAAAAAAGCGACGGUACCCAUUAAAAACGGAUGGCUUAUCAUACCAAAACGGACAUUUCGACGAUGGACAGCUCCAUCCAGCAGUGGAAGCUACACCCGACCUUGUUCAGUGCCGUCCAGGACCUUUGCCUGGAGCCGACCGCGCUUUUAACGACUGUCUUGACACGCACCACCACCGAUUUCGCGGAUGUGCUGGUCGACGGUCGGUGCGCGACAGGUAGCUCCACCGUCGGGACGGCGACCGCGAUAUGGCUUCACAAUAGCGGCGCCCUGAACACCCCUGGCGGGCAUAACCUCCCGUUGUACAAGACCCCGGCGGCGACCCACGAGAGACAGGUCCUAACCACACUCUACGCGGUGCACGCCCUCCUCACGAACCUCACGAGCCGUGCGAGGAACCAACGCGGUGGGAUCGGGGGUGGUGGGGGGCUGAAGGGCGUCGAGGUGAGCAUCCUGCUCGCCGCGAGCGAUACCUCGCUGGGGCCAAUGCAUGAUCUGGCGAAGAAGGUGGGCGGCCGGUGCAAGGUCGGGGUUUUCCUCGUACGCCAUGGCGAGUCCUUUUCGGAAGCCAUAGAGAAGGCUGUCAAGGCGAGUAGCGAGGGGAAGGCCUCGGAAGAGGGUGUCGUGUCUGCGCCCGCCGGGAGCAGCGACGAUAGCGCCGCUGCGGGUUUCCUGCUUGUGACCACGCUGAAGAGUUUCUUGGGGUGGAAUGGAUCGGAUUUUGCGCGUGGUCUGGCCGCGCGUCAGUACGGGGAGAGUGCUGGAGUCGCUGUCGAGGGCGAGCAUCCGAAGGAGGCUAUUCCGAAGUGUUUUGUUGGAGUGGUGCCCCACAUUGCGGCGCUGGUGGCUGAGGAUAUCGGCGUGCUGCAUCCCGGCACGGCGGACGAGGCUAGCUGGCAUGACAUCAUUGGGGGAAUACUGGUCGCGAGCGAGCGCGCGCACGCGCGCUCCAUCACCAUCACGCAUCUGUUCCCGCAUUUCAUGUGGUUGUGCUUGGGUCCGCUCUCGUCUCUUUCGCCGCUGGUGCGCAGUCGGCUCAGCCGUCGCAACCGGCGCCACUACCCACUCCUUCCGAACAACUACAUCUCAUCAUCAUCUGCCUCACUUGCGCAUUGUGGGCCGGGCACAACCUCGCCCAUGGAGAGCAUUCACAUGCGCUACCUUCUCUAUCUUGACGACAAGGAUCGGGAAGAGCAGUUACAGAUGAUUUUAAAACAAACCUACGUCUUUCAUCGGGCAUUGUUACUCACCCAUCACAAGGAUAUUCGUCAACUGAGUGCUAAAAUCCAGGCUAGUGGGCUCUACGAUAGCACAAACUCGAAUCCGUGUUUGACAACAAGCAUGGAUUCCCAUGCUGACAACUCUACCACUUCACCCUCUGGUGGGAACCAGGUGAACGCGUCGGAUAGUCGUCAGUACUUCCUUCUGCGUAGUGACGCUCCCGAGCGUCAGCAUAACUUGCUUCUCUCGUUCACGCAAUCCAAAAGUCAAGAGUCGACAUUGCUCAUUGGCUGGGAUACCUGCACGGCGGUGGAUCUCAUGGACAUCGACGUUCUAAUUCAAUAUUACCCUCCCCAGAAGUCGCUCACCGAGCAGGAGUGGGCGGAGUUCAUCCAAAUACUUCACACCACAGGCGACGGUGAGCUCAAGAUCGAGUCCAUGCUGCGCUCCAACCCGAACAACUCCGAGCAGCACAUCAAGCUCAAGGUGGCGCAACUCCGGGUGGGGCUCAGCACGAGCUCCCCGUUGAUCUCCUCGCGCUGCCGGCAGUCCCCGGUGAUUGUGACCUUCAUCGGGAACUCCGACUUCUCGCUUUGCGCGCACUUCAUCCAGCAGUACUACUACAGUGGAGGGACCGGGACGCUUCUCUCGGCCGCCGCCUCCUCCGCGCUUUCCGCGGUGACGACGACCCCUGGGCAGCCCGGGGUGUGGCUCCCGAGCGCGGACCCCGCGCACCUCCCCAUUCUGAACAUCUGCGCCUCCCACCCCCUCUUCCCACUCCUGGUGACGGGACUCGAGGAGGGCCUUGGGAGCGUCCUGCGGAGCCCACGGCCCCCAAUCGCGGAUAUGGAGGACCCUAUCACGAUCCGCAACGUCCUCAAGGUGAAGCUGCAGAAGGAGCGGGAGAUGCUGAGCCGGGCGGGGCCUCGUGGCGGUAGCACCGCGGGUGGUUCCAACGGGAGCCCCUUUACGGGUGGCGGGAACGCACGAAGUGGCGGCUCGCACGCGAUUGGUGCGUACAACAUCAUGAAUAGCGUCAUGUCGAACAACAACUCGCCAGCGGCGGCCUCGUUGGGGGUGAGCGGGAACAGCAAAAGCAACCCCAGCUUGCAGCUCCAGGGCCCCAGUGGCGGACAGUUGACGGAUGCGAGUAAUGGAAACGGUUCGGGUGGCCAGAGUAGCCGCAAAGGCCGGCGUGGGAAUAGGAACAAUCGGCGGCGGGGCUUGUCCGCGAGGAAAAUGUCCGGAAAUGGGGUGGACGUGGACGAUGAUAAGUCCACUUCCAUGAGGCCCGUCAUUUCCUUGUCCAACGUCCACCAAGUCAGCGCCGUGCACCGGCAGGAGCUGACAAGCGAACCGUCAAGGGAUAAAAGUGGAAGCAGCAACGAGAACGGGGGGGGCGGGCUGAACAACAAGGAUACGAACGACAUCCAACGACAACUGAAGGGCCUCAGCGGGACGCGGCGGGGCGGCAGGCGCAAGUCCCGCGCCGAUGGCCUCGAUGAUACCCCACAUGACAAGCAACUGAACGAAAACCACUGCGAGAGCGGCCCAAAGAAGGAUGAGGACGCGCAGAGGAUUAGAGGCAAUGUAUCACAGCCAAAAACCUCUAUUGCCGAAAUGUUCGCGUCCGCCGUGGCAGCGGAAGGUGCGGGCGAUACGACCAACAAACAGAGCGGUAACUCUAACCUUGAUGCUGCAAACAAAAAAAAAUCCACGGCACACGUGGUGGGGGGUAUGCUCGAGAAGAUUGGUGUUAAGGCGCGCGUGGAGUCAGGUGCUGGAAUCUAA